GCCGAGGCAGUGGAGUCCGAGGCGAGGCAGUGGAGUCGGAAUCCGACAGGGAGUUGAAGGAGCUCAAGGAGUCGCUAGCAGACACCCAGCCAGUGGGGGCGCUGGUGGCCACGUGUCGCACGCUGGACCAGGCCAAGGCAGUGGUGACGUUCCUUGAUGCUGUGUCUGAGAAGACUCUGAGAUCUACCGUGGCGAUCACUGCUGCCAGAGGAAGGGGGAAAUCCGCUUCUCUUGGUGUCGCUGUGGCUGGUGCCGUGGCGCUGGGCUACUCCAACAUAUUCGUGACGGCGCCGAGCCCGGAGAAUCUGAAGACACUGUUUGAGUUUGUGUUCAAGGGCUUUGACGCCAUCGGGUACAAGGAGCACAUAGACUACGAGCUCGUUGAAAGCACCAACCCCGCCUUCAACCGCGCCAUCGUGCGAGUGAACGUGUUCCACCAGCACCGGCAGACCAUUCAGUCAGUUCCAGCACACGUGGAGUGGAAACUUUUGAGAAUUCUCAAAAGUAGCACACGUGGAGUGGAGAGCACCAACCCCGCCUUCAACCGGGCCAUCGUGCGAGUGAACGUGUUCCACCAGCACCGCCAGACCAUUCAGGUGAGAGCUUGUCCUUGUGGUCAGCGAAGGAGCUCAAAUGGGUUCAAGGCGGUUGAAUCAGUCCCAGCACAUGUGGAGAGCACCAACCCGGCUUUCAACCGCGCCAUCUUGCGAGUGAACGUGUUUCACCAGCACACGCAGACCAUUCAGGUGCUUGAGGGCCAUGCAGCCCCCAUUCAGUACGUGAUGCCACAGCACGCGGAGCGAGUGCAGAAGGCGGAGCUGCUGUACGUGAUGCCACAGCACGCAGAGCGAGUGCAGCAGGCGGAGCUGCUCGUGAUCGACGAGGCAGCAGCCAUCCCGCUGCCCAUGGUCAAGGCGCUCCUGGGACCGUACCUCGUGUUCAUGGGCUCGACUGUUAACGGCUACGAGGGCACGGGGUGGUCCCUCUCCCUGAAGCGCAUCCAGCAACUCAGAGAGCAAUCUAAAAGAGCCACCGCUGUUGCCAUCCCCUCUUCCCUCCCCCACCUCCCCCCACCUCCCCCAACCACCUACAGCUACGAGGGCACAGGACGAUCCCUCUCCCUGAAGCUCAUCCAGCAACUCAGAGAGCAAUCCAAAGGGGGGCAGUUCGGUAUGCGGAGGGGGACCCUGCAGCGUCAUUCACCCCCUCUCCACUCGCCUUCCCCCCUCCCCUCCCCCACCUACAGCUAUGAGGGCACGGGGCGGUCCCUCUCCCUGAAGCUCAUCCAGCAACUCAGAGAGCAAUCCAAAGGGGCCGCCGCCGCUGGCGCUGCUGGUGCUGCUGCUGGUGUUGCAACCACUGAUGGUGGCGGCAGUGGUGGGGGAGGUGGAGUGUCGGUGCGGGUGCUGAGGGAGGUGGAGCUACAGGAGCCGAUCCGGUAUGCGGAGGGGGAUCCCGUGGAGAAAUGGCUCAACCACCUGUUGUGCUUGGACGCUACCUCCCAUGUUCCGAAGCUGCAAGCCCGCAUGCCGCAUCCAGACGAGUGUGAGCUGUUCUACGUCAACCGAGACACGCUCUUCUCCUUCCACUCCGCCUCAGAGCUCUUCCUUCAGAGGAUGAUGGCGCUAUACGUGUCCUCUCACUACAAGAACACUCCAAACGACCUGCAGCUCAUGUCCGAUGCACCAGCCCACCACCUUUUCGUCCUUCUGGGCCCAGUGGACGAGUCCCAAACGUCUCUGCCUGAUGUGCUGUGUGUGCUACAGGUGUGUCUAGAGGGAGAAAUAUCAAGGGCAUCGGCAUUGAAGGGCCUCUCCCAGGGACAUCAGCCCACAGGCGAUCUGCUGCCCUGGACGCUCUCCCAGCAGUUCCAGGACUCCGAGUUCCCCUCCCUCUCCGGCGCUCGGGUGGUCCGGAUCGCCGUUCAUCCCGACCUGAUGCACGCGGGAUACGGAUCCAGAGCCGUUGAUCUGCUGUCAAGGUACUAUGAGGGUCAGUUGACAAGCAUGGGGGAGGAGAACGAGGAGGAGAGCGAGGGGGAGAGAGCAACAAGGUACUAUGAGGGGCAGUUGACGAGCAUGGGAGAGGAUAGCGAGGAGGAGAGCGAGGAGGAAGAGGAAGGCGGGAAGCGACACUCCAAGGCUGUUCAAGAGGCUCGGGAGAAUGGAUCGGGAUCAUUGUUGGAGGAGCAAUUGGCUCCACGCUCGGGACUGCCGCCGCUGCUGCAGCCGGUGGGAGAGAGGCGGCAGGAGCAGCUGCACUACGUGGGCGUGUCGUUUGGGCUGGGGCAGCAGCUCUUCAACUUCUGGCGCCGGCAGGCGUUCGUUCCGCUCUAUGUCAGACAGACACCGAGCGACAUCACAGGAGAGCACACGUGCAUCAUGCUCAAGCCCCUCCGGAACGAGGACUUGGGUGCGGCUGACGCCAAGGACUCGUGGCUUGCAUCCUUCUCUCAAGACUUCCACCGUCGCUUCCUGUCUCUCCUCGGUUUCUCCUUCAGGCCCCUGCCGCCCGCCCUCUGCCUCAGCAUUCUGGAUCCGCAGAUUGAGUUUGCAGAGGCAGAGGCACGGGAAGCAGUCGUCCCAGCAGGGCUGAUGGAGGGGAAGGCGGCACUGCUGUCUCCGUAUGAUAUGAAGCGAUUGGAAUCGUACGCCAACAACCUGGUCGAUUAUCACCUGAUCAUGGACCUCAUUCCCCCACUUGCCCGCCUAUACUUCCUGGGUCUCAUCCCUGCAUCGCUCUCCUAUGCCCAAGCUGCCAUUCUGCUCUCCUUCGGUCUACAGCAUCACGAGCUCUCCACCAUUGAGGCGAACCUUCGGCUGCCCGGGACGCAAGUUCUUGCCCUGUUCAACAAGGCGAUUCGGAAGAUUCACAGUGUUCUGUACGCUGCUGCUGCGCGCACCAUAGAGGCUGCUCUGCCCAGGAUCAAGGAGGUGGACCUGCGCCCCCACCCGCAGUCAGUGGAUGAGGAUCUUGCAGAGGCAGCAGAUCAGGCCAAGAAGGUGAUCAAAUCCCGGCUGGAGGGGGCGGCAGAGCCUGGCACAGCCACCCUGCUGACGUCACUGACACCUGGACAGAUGCAGGAGUUUGCGAUCGACGGCCGAGAUCAAGACUUUGAGGCUGCGAUUGCUGCAGGAGGGGGGAAGCUUCCAGGAAGCGGUGUGCUGAGUAUCAAGGCACAGGGAGGAGGAAAGAAGAGGGGUGGUGGUGGGGAUGGGAAUUUGGAUGGUGGUGGUGAGGGGGGGAAGAAGAGGAUGAAGGCAAUGCGCUCAGCGGAUUGCUCACCGCUGGGCGCAUUGCUCACCGCUGGGCGCAUUGCUCACCGCUGGGCGCAUUGCUCACCGCUGGGCGCAUUGCUCACCGCUGGGCGCAUUGCUCACCGCUGGGCGCAUUGCUCACCGCUGGGCGCAUUGCUCACCGCUGGGCGCAUUGCUCACCGCUGGGCGCAUUGCUCACCGCUGGGCGCAUUGCGCCACUUAUAUUGGUAA